AAAUAAAAAGUGAAAAAAAUACUUCUCUUUCCCAAGAAAUAAAAAGCAUUAUUGAAGGUAUCACUAAGGAUUACGGUGAAGGUAUUAUUACCACUUUGGGAAAAAGUAAAUUCAAAGACCAACCAACUUUAUCGACCGGAAGUAUUAUUUUAGACCAAGCAAUUGGGGGUGGCUACCCUUUUGGCAAAAUUGUUGAAAUUUAUGGAGAAAACGCCAGCGGGAAAACCACUUUGGCUCUCCAUGCGGUUCGGGAAUAUAUCAAUGAAUUAUUGGUUCUUCAUCCUAAAUAUGGCGAACAAGCCUUUAAAUUGUUAAUUGACUUUAUUCGCGGGGGAGUAGGUCUAAUUGUGGUCGAUUCGGUAGCUCCCUUAAUACCGAUUGAAUUAUUAGGAAAUUGGGAAAGACCACCGAUUGGUGCUCACGCUAAAAUGUUAAAUAAUGGUUUGAGUCAAAUUAACAAUGAAAUGACUAAUAAAGAGACCGUUAUAAUUUUUAUAAAUCAGAUUCGGAAUAAAGUAUCCACCGGCUUUUUUGUGGGUAAUCCGAAAACUACCACCGGGGGAGUAGCCUUAACUUAUUACGCCAGUUUACGAAUAGAAUUGAAAAAUAAGAAGGAAAAAGUUGAAAAAGAAGAGGAAUAUGUUGGAAUUAAAGUUUGGGCUCGAAUUGAAAAAAAUCGGUCAAUUCCUUCUCGUCCUUCUUCUAAAGAAAGUAAAGAAAAACCGCUGGAAAUGAUGUUUAAAGGCGGCAUCCAAAAAGAGCGAGAAAUUGUUGACUUGGCUACGGAAUUAAAUAUUAUUCAAAAAAGCGGAACCUGA